CCUUCCCCCUCGCCCGCUCCCGCUUCCCGCGGCGCCCGGCCUCCCGCUCCGCCUCCCCUUGCGCGGCUCUCCCGGGCGCGGCUCCGGGGUUCAUGGUGACGAGGCGGCGGCCGCUCCAGCCCAGCGGCGGCGGCGGCGGCGGCGGCGGCGGCGGCGGGAGCGGGGGCGCGGGCCCGGGCCGCCUCUCCCAGAGAGCGGGGCCGGGCGGCGGGCGCGCCCAGGCGGCGGCGGCGGCGAGCGCCCCCCCCGGCCCGCGGCCCCGCGCGCCCCCCGCGCCGCGCGCCCGUGCGCCUGGCUGCCGGGGGGCCGGGCCGGCGGGCUGCCGCCGUGCCGCGCACCCAUGGACGGCCCGGCCAUCAUCACCCAGGUGACCAACCCCAAGGAGGACGAGGGCCGGGCCCCCGGCGCCGGCGAGAAAGCAUCCCAGUGCAACGUCAGCCUGAAGAAGCAGAGGAGCCGCAGCAUCCUCAGCUCCUUCUUCUGCUGUUUCCGUGAUUACAAUGUGGACGCUCCGCCGGGCAGCAGCCCCGGUGUUCUUCCGCCGCUGGUGGAGGAGAACGGCGGGCUUCAGAAGGGUGACCAGAGGCAGAUCAUUCCCAUACCAAGUCCACCAGCUAAAUAUCUCCUUCCAGAGGUGACGGUGCUUGACUAUGGAAAGAAAUGUGUGGUCAUUGAUUUAGAUGAAACAUUGGUGCACAGUUCAUUUAAGCCUAUUAGUAAUGCUGAUUUUAUUGUUCCCGUUGAAAUCGAUGGAACUAUACAUCAGGUGUAUGUGCUGAAGCGGCCACAUGUGGACGAGUUCCUCCAGAGGAUGGGGCAGCUGUUUGAGUGUGUGCUCUUUACUGCCAGCUUGGCCAAGUACGCAGACCCUGUGGCUGACCUGCUGGACCGCUGGGGUGUGUUCCGAGCCCGGCUCUUCCGAGAAUCAUGUGUUUUCCAUCGAGGGAACUAUGUGAAAGACCUGAGUCGCCUUGGGCGGGAGCUGAGCAAAGUGAUCAUCGUGGACAAUUCUCCUGCCUCGUACAUCUUCCAUCCUGAGAAUGCAGUGCCUGUGCAGUCCUGGUUCGAUGACAUGACAGACACGGAGCUACUGGACCUCAUCCCCUUCUUUGAGGGCCUGAGCCAGGAAGACGACGUGUACAGCAUGCUGCACAGACUCUGCAGUAGGUAGCCCCGGCCUCCGCCCGCCUCCCGCCUGUGCACCCUGGAACCUCAGCCUCGGGACCUGCCUGGCCUCAGCUCCCCAGGAGCUAAGAGUGAGGACACGCCAUACUCCAGGCCACGGGGCGAAUGUGGCCAUACCUACCUGGUUUAUUUUUUAAGAACAGAAACAACUAUUUUAAAAUGAACUCUUUUAACGAAUUUCGUAAAGGGACAUGCAUUUUACUGGAUUUGCUUUUCUUAAAACAUACCAAAAAGGAAAAAAAUGGGAAAAAAAAAAAAGCUUGAUAUCUAUCAGACUUCCUUUCAACUGUCCUCCCCUCCAGCAGACAGCCUGUCCCCUUCUACCCCAGCUCAGAGUAGCUGACCCAACUCAGAAUCUCUUUCCUACAGGAUGAAGUGCCUUUUUGAAUGUUAUUUUAAGCUGAGAGUUAAUUUUUCUAUACAACGUAUUUCCAGACAUCUUUUAGUCUUUUAUUGUCUUAGCUUCUCUAAGAAGAUAAAUAUGACAAUUUUCUAAAACCUGGAAGGUGGGAGGGAGGUGGGUGGUAAGGGAUGGGGGUGAGUCAUAGGAGCCUGUCUCCCAGCGGGUGUGCUGCUCCGACCGCCUGUGGCAUGCCGCAGGGUCAGGCCCUUGCGAGGAGAUUUUGUGAUGGUGUCAGUGUGUGCAUUCAUUUCUGACCCAGUUUGGAAUGUAUCCGCAAUCGUGUGGCUCAACGCUUUAGGAAACGGUAGAUCCUUUUAUAUUACUCUUAUUGUUUCUGACGGUGACAAAUUUGUCUUGAGGUCACAGUUUCCCCUGGAAAAGUGGCAUCAUGUCACUUCCGCUUUCACACUACUGCCAUAUUUCUGUAUGUUUUUGGUUUGGUUGUUGUUGGUAGAACAGUUCUAAGAAACUCUAAAACCCUUGGAUAGUUUUAUAAAAAUCUGAUGAUUGAUUUUUAAAUCUGUCCUUUCCAAAAGCUGGAUACCCGUGGAGCUGUUUGGGAAUUUUCUUUGCUGCUACCGUGCUGCCACCAAAUGGAAUUGACCAGCGGCUGUUACACUGUUCUUUGCCACUGUGCCUACGCUCAGAAUCUGCUCACUGCUAAGCUGCAGACUUGGACAGGGUCAGAAACAUAGGUGUCCCACCCCGUUGCAGACUGUGGACUGCGUUCCUUCCCUGGCACCAGCCUUGGGAGUUCAGAAGGGAGCAAAGACAAAAGGGCCAGCGCACCUGACCGGUGUGGCGUUCAUUUCAAACAGCAGUCAAGCUCAGAGUUUCUGAUAAGCCGACUGUUGUCUCUUGAGAACCUGUGGCCUCAACCCACCACCACGCUGAUGUGGCCCGAGUCCAUCUCUUGGUCUUCUCUUUUGAAGCACAGCCUAUUUCUGAGCCGAGGGUUGGGGAAACGCAUCUAGAUGUGGGACCCAUCGCCCAGAGCCAAGGAGAGGAAGGGCCCCCUCCCUGAGCCGGGGCUCCCUUUGCAGCCUUUCCCAGUGAGAUCUUUUAAGCAGUGCCAUGUUCCUCGUUUGACAAUAAGACAGUCUAUAAAGUAUUGCUCUUAAAGAUAAUUUAAAAGAACCCUUUCAUGUUGGCACCAUUGCCUUAGUCCUCUAUGGGUCGGGCCGGAGUUCUGGUGGGAGUGACUGGCACUAAGAAGACUGGAAAACGGUGGGGGGCGGGGAGCUGUCAAAGUAAAAUUUCUUUUCUGCUUUCAUUCAUAAAAUAGUGAAGCCAGCUGCCAAUCACGUCCUCCCAACAGCACUUUGGUCUGCAGACUGCCGUGCUUUCAGAAGAGAAGUAAGUAUUCAGGGGUAACCAGGUCUCCCCAUGCUCUGAGUGUUCCAAACCCAGUAAUCCACAUGCCAGUUAAAAUAGAAAGAGCCCCUUGCAAGGCAUGACUACAGAAAAUAACAGUUACGUGGCGGGUCUGCACAUGCCAUACACCUUGAUUUGGAAAACUAGUCAUUAAAAGAACCCACUGCCUUAAAUGUCUUGAAUGUUGCAGUCAAGGGUCUGACAUGUGCUGACAUCCACACAGAAAUCAGUCCUGAUGAGAGCCUUAGAACCUCACCUGUGCCCCCUUCUUUGUUGGCAUCCCAAGGUCUUAUUUGGAAUAGGGGGCAGAGAGGACUGAAAUCCUAGAAUAUUCCAGGGGAAUCAAACCUAGGAGUCGUGCCCCACUUCCGAUGGAGUGAAGACACUUGGCAGGCUUGAGCCAGACACUUCACCUGGUCAUUCCUGAAACCGUGAGCACCAUUGCACUGAGCCAGUGCAGAGCUGCCGGGGGUGGAACCCAGUUCCUGCCACCACAGACGCAGAACGUCUCAGGAGGGCAGCGGGCCCUCGGAGCGUUCUGGAUUCUGUGCACCUUAUUUGACCCCACUCCAAAAUUCCGUUCUUAUUUUAACCCUUGAUUCUGCUUUAUGUACAUAAUCAAAAUAUCUAUAUCGAUAUAUAUAUUUUUAAUCAUCUACAUGUAAAUGAAGCAAUAGAAUUCUAACAUAAGGCCAAGAAAUGAGAUGAAUGUUCGGGGUUUAUGUUUUUUAAGGUAAAUACGGGUAUUGUUUUUAAUUAUUACCUUUUAUUAAAUUGUGGGCUUUAAAACCUAAUGAAACCUAUCAGCUAUUUCUCUGUGCCAUAUACUUCCCAUUGUUACCAAAACACCCCCCAACUCUUUAGCCAAAUGAGAAAUCUGACCUCUUGAGUUUCCAUGGUCCUUUCGGUACCAGGUUAAAAUAUAGUCUCCUGGAAAAAUAUUUUUUACAUUAAGAUCUGGAACAGGAUUCUGUGGCUCGUGGACUAUGAUGUUAUCACAUCUCUGGCCGGGCCUUGAGUGGAGGUGCCCAGGCACACCUGAGGUUGUUACUACUCUGUCUUCCAUUGCUCUGGAAUCCUACGUGUUGGUCCGUGGUUUCACCCAUUAGCUGUUUGUAAACAAUGCAUCUGUAUCCUAAAAAGAAGCACCACGUGUCAUAGCUGAUGGUUGACGGGGAAACUCCUUUGAUGUGGUGCAAUUUUGAUGAGAUGAUUUUGGAGACAUGAGGAUGCCCUAAUGACACUGAUUUGUCAUGGUUGCAGCAUUUGAACUUGUAUAAAAAGGAAAUCUGUAUAAGUCUAUAACCUGGCAACAUUUUUAUGACCCUGUGUAUUAAAGAUGGCUUUCUCAUAAAAUCCAGAACCGCACAGCCCUAUGGUCAAACACUCGUGACGUUUGUGCCUCUGCUUUUAAAGGUGCUGUGAUGGACAGUUGGCAUGCCAGGGUUCGAGAAGAGUGGAUGGUUUGAAGUGCUUGCAUAUACCUGUGCAAAAUCAACUGGCUGCCUCUGUUCCUAUUUUACUGUAAAUUUGAUGGUAUCUGUUCCUGUUCCAUUCUCUAGGGAGCUUCUCUAUAGACAAACACACACACGCACACCCCCAAGUGGUGGAGAUGCUGGUGGUGUCUGGGUAGUCAUGGAUUUCUGUUGGACAUUUGAAUGUGUAAACAAUCCAGCAUCACUGGGGAAAUACUACAUGUAGAAUGUGCACGUUUCCAGGGCCGAGCAUUGUCAGUCAAGAGAUUUGCAAUGAUUUCCUUCCUGCCAAAAAUAAAUACAUGAAACUGC